UCAAAAAGAAGGGAAAGCCUAGCACUUCUUAAGGACCCAGGGCUUGAAACAAGAGCUUUCAGUCACUUGAACACCUUUUAUUCUCUAGUAAACAUAGAUAAUCAUUGUCGCCUUCGUUUGCCCGACGUCCUCAACACCGUUAAUCCACCCCAAGACUGAACACGUGCAAGAUGGCUUUCAGGCGCAAUCAUGCCAAUCCAAGCCGAGUUUCUGUUGAAAAGAUCUGGGCAUCCUCCAACCCAGAAGUUUCCACAGGUGACGACGCAAGACACGAAGCCGACGAGCGCACGGCAGAAGAUUGCCUCAUCCGUCAAGCAAUCAAUUACCUUGCAAAGGAGGGCGAAACUGACUCCACCCAAACAUAUGCAAACCGAGUGGAGUACAUUGAGGAGUAUAUCAUCCAGCUGUACGGAGAAAUGAGGCAUUUGUUCGAACCUAAGUUAUAUCGCCAGCUCAGGUCUAUGGUUUGGGGGGGCCAGAGAGGCCUGAAGCGCUUUGAAGAGGGAAAUAUAGACAUAGCUGAGAGUGCCAACAAUGAUAUGGAAGAGGUGGAGCCUGGAGAGGCUCUUUACAGGAACGAAAGCGACUUCGAGGACAUCCACAAGGCCGCCCAAGAACUUCAACUCGUUGUAAGGAACCCCCAACCCAACCAGGCCACCGCCGCGGAAAGUAAUUCUGACAAGGGGAGGGCUAAGCAAAGUGGGGAUGUAGAGCUUAACAAACACUCCAAGGUUUCUCAUCCGUCAAGUACUAUGAGCUCGAAUAUCAAACCCGUCGAAGAGCCUGUUCCAGCUACAGCGGUUCGCAGACUCAUGCCCACUACAGCCCCAUCCCGUCCCGCGUUAGGUCGAAAUGCUCCGAACGCUCUCGUCACGGAAAAGGAAUGGUUGUACGGAGGUGCUCACAACGGAGUCGAAGUAUAGCACUACAAUUUCCCGGCCUCACUCCCUUUCGGCGAGAAUCUGCACAUGCAGCAGCUAGAGAGUAGCAUGAUGAAGUUCGAUCUUGCCGAGAAUGCUAAAAGGCAGGCAGACGUGGCGAAAUACGAAGGC